AUGCCGCCUGCUGCUUCUUCUGCCCCAGCGUCAUCUUCUACCUCCAGUAGUAAAGCAGCUCCGUCUGAAAUGCCCCUUCCGCCCCCCGCGAAUCAAGACAAGGUCGCGGAGUCGAAAUUAGGACAGGAUAAGAUAAAUGAAAUUUUCAAGAACAGCAAAGACCACAAAUUCCACAAACGACCCCACCCCAGUCCUAGUCCGUCGCCCAACAUGAAUAAUGUCGACGACCGCUCUACGAACAGGUGGGGUGCCCCAAACUCAUCUUCUUCCUUUUCUUCUGCUGGAAAAGGAUCUUCUACCUCCGCAAAGUCUACGUUCCCACAGUUUUCCGGCAACAACAGAGUAAACAACUUCAAUAAGAACGGUCCGAAUGCGAAGCAUGUGGUGGCGUCGUCUUCUCCUGCUUUCCACACACCCCGCGGUAGCAAUGCUCCCUCUUCUUCAUAUAAAGGUGCAGCAGUUCCCUCUUCAAAAAACCACGACUCGCAUUCCCAGCCCAAAAACGUGUGGGAAAUGAAUACCCAGCAAUUUCAUUCGCAACCAAGCGGCUAG